UGCGGAACAUAAAGCUCGUUCGUAGAAAGGCUACCUGAAGCCUACGACCUAAGGGACUCUCUGUCUGCCGGCGGAAACGGCUUUGUAGAAUCUUGCAGAUACCGUUUCACGUGUCCAACGGACAUGAGCGUGAGCUGUUCCAAACUUGACCUCGCCGAUUCUCGAGGAUGCAGAAACGCUGAUUUUGUCAUCAACGGAAAGAGUAUGUGCGGUAAUGAGGGGCUGCUGAGAUCACCGAUGCACGUUGGGAGGACUCUGAAUGCCAUGCUGUACACGGUCGGUCCCACUCGGUCCGCCCCGAACGUCCGAUGCAACGUUGUGUGUGGUGCGUGUGGAAAACUUGGCGUGCCCCCAAGCCGUUCUGCGUUUUUGCCCGGAAGUCUGCGGGGAACCCUGCUAGACCGAAUCCUCGGAGGCAAGGAAGUCGACUAUCCCGGGAAAUAUCCCUGGAUGGCUAAACUCACUGUUAUAUUGACUCUCCAAAAUAAUUCGGAAGUCGUGACCGAUGAAUGCGGAGCCACCUUGAUCAACGAUCGAUACCUCCUCACUGCAGCUCACUGCUUCUGGCUGCCACCUAUUGAAUACAAGUCUGAGCGAGUCAUGGUCACACUGGGCGAGCACGACACAUCGACGACAGCAGAGGCCGUGACCUUGGUGCAGGAAUUGCUCCCAACUAAUGUGUUGAUCCACCCCCAAUUCAACGAGAAGGCAUUUGACGACAAUGACAUGGCCCUCGUGAAACUGAAUACCCCUGUGGACUGGCAGGCGUCCCCCAACAUCCGCCCGAUAUGCUUGCCCGGUUCUGCACCUCCUGGAGUGGGACUAACAGGCACCAUUGUCGGAUGGGGCACUACAGCGGCUUGGUCUGCGGAUGCAACCGUUCCAACAACUUCGAAGGUCGUAAGGGAAGCGGAGGUGAAGACGUGGAGCCUUGAUGAAUGCAAAAGUGCUUUGGUGAAUGAGACCUUGACAGAAAACAUGUUUUGUGCAAGCGGGACAGCUGCUAUCGGUGUCUGUUGGGGCGAUGGAGGAGGACCGCUGAUGAUUCCUAAAGGAAAUGAUGUCUUCGAGCAGGCUGGUAUUAUCUCAUUUGGACCCAAAGGAUGUCAAGAAAUCCUACUCCCCAGCAUUUACGCCCAAGUUUCGAAUUAUCUGAGCUUCAUCAAAGACAGUACGCCCGAUGCCGUAUGGUGUUGACGCCCGGAAGAACCUACCCGUCAGUUUUCUCCUACCAAUUCCCUCCAGGCACUGCUAACCGUUUCGCACCAUUAAUUUGCCAAACCAUCCGUCAGUUUUUUUCACCGAAGGCCAAACCAAGAAGAUUCUGACUCCUGUUGGCACCACCAGCAGAACCUUCAAC